AUGGAACGUCGAUUGAAGAUUAAACCCGAACAAGCAGAAGCUUAUGAUAAGCAAAUGAAAGAAAUUAACGAAAUGAACUUUUCAUGUAAAUUGACAACUGACGAAUUAAAAGAAUAUAAAGGCCCUGUGCAUUACAUCCCCCAUCAUGCAGUCCUAAGACCAGAGAAGAAAAGCACACCUGUCCGAAUCGUGUUCAACUCAUCCUCAGUGUUUCAAGGUCAUCAACUCAACGAUUAUUGGAUGAAAGGCCCAGACUUAUUGAAUAACCUGUUUGGAGUCAGUCUGCGUUUCAGAGAAAGAGAAGUAGCAUUGAUUGGUGACAUAUCAAAGAUGUAUCAUCGAAUAUUGAUACCAGAACAAGAUCAGCAUGUACACAGAUUUCUUUGGCGUAAUUUAGAGACACACAGAGAGCCUGAUGUUUAUGUCAAGACAGUUCUUACAUUUGGGGACAAACCAGCCCCAGCGAUGGCACAGAUUGCUUUGAGAAAGACUGCAGAAGAAUGUAAAGAAAUCAAACCGAAAGCUGGAAAGGUGCUGACAGAAAAUGUUUACAUGGAUGAUAUAUGUGAAUCAGUGGAAACGGUAGAAGAAGCAAAGAAGCUAGCAGAGGAUAUAGAUUUUGUUCUGAAGAACGGAGGUUUCCAAGUCAAAGGAUGGAUUUCAAACAAAGAACUGCAUGAAAACAGCAAGCAUACAGGAGAGUCAGAUGCAAACAAUAUGCUGAAAGAAGAAGCAGAUGAGAAAGUACUUGGAAUUUCUUGGAACAGAAAGUCAGAUACGCUGUCACUUAAAGUUGACUCUGACUUGAUGAAACUCAUUGAUGAAGAAAAGCAUCUAACAGAGAAGGUAAAACUAACCAAAAGAAGACUACUGUCUGAAGUUGCAAAGAUUUACGAUCCAAUCGGAUUGGCUGCUGCAUUUAUUAUCAGAGCUAAGAUUGGAAUACAGGAACUAUGGCAGACUGGAAUUGAUUGGGAUAUAGAAAUUCCUACAAAUAUGCGAGGGAAAUGGAUUGAACUGUUUAAAGAGAUGAAAGAGCUCAACAAUAUUUCUUUCAGAAGACCAUUGCUAACAACAGAUGUCAAAGAAAAACCAUCAUUGUGUUUGUUUUCAGAUGCGUCACAAGAAGCCUUUGGAGCAUGUGCAUACCUUCGACAGAAAAUUGAGAAUGGCAAAUUUGAUGUUAGAUUCGUUGCUGCCAAAACAAGAGUUGCACCACUAAAACAGCUAACCAUACCACGCUUAGAGUUACAAGCUGCUGUCCUCGCAUCACGUCUUGCAAAAACGAUUCAAGAAGAAUCAAGGAUCGAAUUCAAGGAUGUUAAUUUCUUCACAGACAGCUCGAUAACAUUAGCUUGGAUUCAAAGUCCAUCACGCAGUUACAAACCAUUUGUAUCAUCCAGGAUAGGAGAGAUUCAAAGCAAUUCAGACCCUAGCCAGUGGAAACACAUUCCUGGGGAAAACAAUGUAGCAGACGAGCUGUCACGAGGGAUUCAUGUACAUGAACUGAACGGAAGAUGGAUGCACGGACCAGAGUUUCUACGAACUGCGGAAGGAUUAUGGCCAACAAAAGCUAUUCCGUCGCCAGUCAAAGAAGACAGUGAACGUCGUAAAGCUACAAAAGUCUGUUUGUCGAUAAACACAAAGCCUGAAAAUGUUAUCAAUUAUGACACAGUCUCCAGUUGGCCGAAGCUUAUACGAGUUUAUGCAUGGAUCAAAAGACUAGCUGAAAAUAUCAGACGCCUUAAACGUCAUGUACCGUUUAAAUAUGGACCACUGAAACCCGAGGAACUCCAGAAAUCAGAGUUGUUUCUGAUCAAAGAUGCACAAAAAAGCUUACAUAACCGUUUAAAGAAAGGUGAAUUCAAGUCACUCAGUCCUUUUGUUGACGAAAAUGGAGUUAUUAGAGUUGGAGGCAGAGCAGAUAAAGCUUUAGUGUCUUAUGAGACAAGACAUCCAGCCCUACUGCCAAGUAAUCAUAGGAUUUCACUGCUGAUAACUAGACACGUACACCAACACGGACACACCGGAGUUGCAACAACCACAGCCAAGAUAAGGAGGAAAUAUUGGAUACUUACAGGCAACAAAAUAAGCAAAUCUGUUAAAUUCAAGUGUGUGUUCUGCAGAGAAUUGGCACACAAAGCAGAAGAACAACAAAUGGGAAGCCUUCCUGCAAUUCGACUGACACCGCAAACACCACCAUUCUACUACACAGCAUGUGAUUAUUUUGGACCGUACAAUGUUAGAAUUGGACGUAAUAAAACAGCAAAGCAUUAUGGUGUCAUAUUUACAUGCUUGAGUACAAGAGCAGUUCACCUAGAGCUAGCAACCGAUUGUUCUACAAUGGAAUUUUUACAAGUACUGAGAAGAUUUUUCUGCAUUCGAGGCUAUCCAGCAGUAAUUUUGAGUGACAAUGGAACACAGAUGGUUGGUGCAGAGAGAGUUUUGAGAGAGAUGAUAGAGGAAUUCGACACUGACCAACUACAAGAUUUUUGUGCAGGGAGAGGCAUAAACUGGAUUUUCAUCACACCGGCAGCACCACACCAAAAUGGAUGCGCAGAAGCACUUGUAAAGAGCAGCAAAAGAGCAUUAAAAAUCGCUAUUGGUGAACAAGUUUUGAGACCCUUUGAAUUAUACACUUGUUUGAUGGAAGUUGCAAACUUAUUGAACCAACGCCCAAUUGGUAGAAUUCCAAAUGAUCCAGAUGAUGGAGCCUACUUAUGUCCAAACGAUCUUCUGUUAGGAAGAGCUACCCCAGAAGUACCUCAAGGCCCAUUUCAAGAAACUAAAGACCCACGUCAAAGGGUAGAGUUUGUUCAAAAAAUUGUAAAAUCAUUCUGGAAACGAUGGAUACGAGAUGUUUUUCCAUCACUUGUUCCACAAAAGAAAUGGCACAUGGACCGCCGCAAUGUCCAACCUGAUGACACAGUUAUUGUUGCCGAGAGCAACGCAAUCCGAGGUAAAUGGAACAUUGGCAGAAUCCUUGAAGUAUUCCCGGGACCUGAUGGACGAGUGCGCAAUGUCAAAGUAAAAACAGCAACAGGAGAAUACAGUCGCCCAGUGACAAAGAUAGCAGUUAUAUGCCCAGCAGAAGGAUAUGAAUAA